GCGGCGCGGGCGGCGCCGGGAGGCAGCUGACAGGCGUCUGCGGCUCCGCUUCAUGGCCGUUCUCUCGCUCAGCCUGGGUUCUGUAAGGACUGGGGAAGCCCGCGGCGGCUCGGAGUUGGAGCUGACCAGCCAAGCAGGGACCUGUGCGCGGCGCCGCUGAGGCGCAGCAUGUGAAGAGGAGACGGCAUCCAGCGCGGGGCGAGCCUCUCAGCCGGCCGGGAUGGCCACGACGGCCGAGCUGUUCGAGGAGCCUUUCGUGGCAGAUGAGUAUAUUGAACGUCUUGUAUGGAGAACCCCAGGCGGAGGUUCUAGAGGUGGACCUGAAGCUUUUGAUCCUAAGAGAUUAUUAGAAGAAUUUGUAAAUCAUAUUCAAGAACUCCAGAUAAUGGAUGAAAGGAUUCAAAGGAAAGUAGAGAAAUUAGAGCAGCAGUGUCAGAAGGAAGCAAAGGAGUUUGCCAAGAAGGUACAAGAACUCCAGAAAAGCAAUCAGGUUGCCUUCCAACAUUUCCAAGAACUAGAUGAGCACAUUAGCUAUGUAGCAACCAAAGUGUGUCACCUUGGAGACCAGUUGGAGGGGGUAAACACGCCUAGACAACGGGCAGUGGAAGCUCAGAAAUUGAUGAAAUAUUUUAAUGAGUUUCUAGAUGGAGAAUUGAAAUCUGAUGUUUUUACAAAUUCUGAAAAGAUAAAGGAGGCAGCAGACAUCAUUCAGAAGUUGCACCUAAUCGCCCAGGAGUUACCUUUUGAUAGGCAAGGCUAUUCCCACUGUGUUGAUGUUUAUAUAAAGCAGUGCCAGGAGGGUGCCUACUUGAGAAAUGAUAUAUUUGAAGAUGCAGCGAUACUUUGUCAACGAGUAAACAAGCAAGUUGGAGAUAUUUUUAGUAAUCCAGAAACAGUACUGGCUAAACUUAUUCAAAAUGUAUUUGAAAUCAAACUACAGAGUUUUGUGAAAGAUCAGUUAGAAGAAUGUAGAAAAUCAGAUGCAGAGCAAUAUCUCAAAAGUCUCUAUGAUCUGUAUACAAGAACCACCAAUCUUUCCAGCAAGUUGAUGGAGUUUAACUUAGGUACUGAUAAACAGACUUUCUUGUCUAAGCUUAUCAAAUCCAUUUUCAUUUCCUAUUUGGAGAAUUAUAUUGAGGUGGAGACUGGAUAUUUGAAAAGCAGAAGUGCUAUGAUCCUACAGCGCUAUUAUGAUUCAAAAAACCAUCAAAAGAGAUCCAUUGGUACAGGAGGUAUUCAAGAUUUGAAAGAAAGAAUUAGACAACGUACCAACUUACCACUGGGGCCAAGUAUUGAUACUCAUGGGGAAACUUUCCUAUCCCAAGAAGUGGUGGUUAAUCUUUUACAAGAAACCAAACAAGCCUUUGAAAGAUGUCAUAGGCUCUCUGACCCUUCUGAUUUACCGAGGAAUGCCUUUAGAAUUUUUACCAUUCUGGUGGAAUUUUUAUGUAUCGAGCAUAUUGAUUAUGCUUUGGAAACAGGACUUGCUGGAAUUCCAUCCUCAGAUUCUAGGAAUGCAAAUCUCUAUUUUUUGGAUGUUGUGCAACAGGCCAAUACUAUUUUCCAUCUUUUUGACAAGCAGUUUAAUGAUCACCUUAUGCCACUAAUAAGCUCUUCUCCUAAGUUAUCUGAAUGCCUUCAGAAGAAAAAAGAAAUAAUUGAGCAAAUGGAGAUGAAAUUGGAUACUGGCAUUGAUAGGACAUUAAAUUGUAUGAUUGGACAAAUGAAGCAUAUCUUGGCUGCAGAACAAAAGAAAACAGAUUUUAAACCAGAAGAUGAAAACAAUGUUUUGAUACAGUAUACUAAUGCCUGUGUAAAAGUCUGUACGUAUGUAAGAAAACAAGUGGAGAAGAUUAAAAAUUCCAUGGAUGGGAAAAAUGUGGAUACAGUUUUAAUGGAACUCGGUGUACGUUUUCAUCGACUUAUUUAUGAGCAUCUUCAACAAUAUUCCUACAGUUGUAUGGGUGGCAUGUUAGCAAUUUGUGAUGUAGCUGAAUAUAGAAAGUGUGCCAAAGACUUCAAGAUUCCAAUGGUAUUACAUCUUUUUGAUACUCUGCAUGCACUUUGCAAUCUUCUGGUAGUUGCCCCAGAUAAUUUAAAGCAAGUCUGCUCAGGAGAACAACUUGCUAAUCUGGACAAGAACAUACUUCACUCCUUCGUACAACUUCGUGCUGACUAUAGAUCUGCCCGCCUUGCUCGACACUUCAGCUGAGGUUAAAUUCACAAACAAAGUGUGUUGUACUUCAUCAGGCCUCGGUUGAUAGAAAGCACAGGAGAUUCCUUAUGACACAGCCAACAUUUUAUGGAAAAAAUGACUGGAAGAAAACAGCAGCCAUACUGACCUUUGAAGUUUUAUUUGAAAUUUGGACACCCCUAGCUGUAUUUUGCUUUUUUUCUUGUUAAGUUGAAUUUUAAUUCCAUUCUUUAUUUUAUAACUUUCAAAUUCUGUAAAACUAUGUCACUAUUUUCAUCCUAGAAAAUGUUGGUGUCAGAAGGCAAACAAAAUUUACCAGUGUUCCUGUUCGGGUUCUUUAACAUAUUCCAUCUUGAAAAUUUACCAUCCCAUUUUUCAUUAAGAAUGGGUGAAAUACAACAAAAUCACAUUUAUUUAUUCACCAAUUUUUAUUGGCCUUUUCAGCACUGGCAAUUGUUAAUCAAAUUAUUUUAGGUUUUCCUAAAGAAUCUUUUGCCUUUUUUGAAAGUUUAAUAAUUAAGCAUAAUUUCUGUAGUUGGUUGAUUGGAGUGUUUUCUAAGAUACAGCAUCAGUACUAUUCCAAGAAAAAUGUUAUAAACUAAA